GGGAGCUGUUGCUGGGGAGAGUGAGUGGGACCAUCGGCGGGGCGGAGCGCUGGUCGGCGGGGACGCCAUCUCCGCCUGGCGCGGUACCGAGAGUCGGGGAAAGACUCGGCGCCCGAGCGAGGAAUCGGAUACCGGGAAAGACGCUAUUCGUAGAGAAGUUUAUUUACUGCAAGUCGACACCAGGAGCUGCUGCUGUACCGAUGUGAGCUGUUGGUUCCUGUUGACUGAUACGGCCUCUCUGGGGCCCAGGCAACGCUGGCACCAAGAUGCUGUUCUCGCUGCGUGAGUUGGUACAGUGGUUGGGCUUUGCCACAUUUGAAAUGCUGCUGCAUCUGACAGCUUUCCUGGUGUUCUCAGUGCUGCUGGCUGUGAAGGUGGACAACUUUGUGGGACAGCUGGACUGGUGGUAUGUCUUCAUCCCACUUUUCACUGCCGAUGGGCUCAGUACCUACUUCACCAUGAUCGUCUCUGUCCGCCUGUUCCAGGACGGGGAGAAACGCCUGGCCAUCAUGCGCCUUUUCUGGAUCCUGACUGUCCUUAGCCUCAAGUUUGUCUUUGAGAUGCUGCUGUGCCAAAAGCUGGUAGAACAAAGCACUCACCUAUGGUAUGGCCUCAUCAUGUCACCAGUCUUCAUUCUCCUCCAGUUGUUGAUGAUACGAGCCUGCCGGGUCAACUGAGCCCUGAAACCAUCCAUUCUGCCUUUCACUUUCAAACCAAUGGACUCCCAGAUGUACAAGUCCCAGGCAUGUUGGAUGAUGGCUGCGAGGAGGGGAAACUUGAGUUAAAUGAUGGUUCUUGUCUCAGUGAUGUCAUGGUGGUUGCUUUAUUACGCAGCGGCUAUUGAGCACAGUACACCAGACAGUGAGCCUGGUGGCUGGCCCCUGUGAGGAGAAACACAAAGAGUGUGUUCACGACUAACCUUCAGCUCCAGAGGCCAGGACAACCCUCAGGUGGUUGUGGGAUCUUGCCCCAUUGCUCUUUAAUCAGAGUCAACAGUGAGAAAGGGUGCGGUGAUUGCUUAGGACCAAGAUACCCUCCUCUGAAUGUGUUAACAUUUUGGUGAAACUUUAAUCAAUAGAUGACUCCACAGGUUUACCUUCACUAGGUUUAUGUUUGGGAACUCAUUCAAGUUUUCCAAAGGUUGAAGAUACAGUGGAGUUCUAUGUCCUGUCCUUCUUACAGAGAUUUAGCUGAUAUAUUCAUUGGACCAGAAGUGAUAGAAGUAAUCAAAGAUAUUGUUAAAUUAAAUUUUAAAAUUAAUCCAAUUCCUCCUUUCUUUGUUUCUCCCUCUCCUAAAUGACCUAACAACACCUGACAGCUCCCUAUGCUAUCUUGUAUUACCAAGUCACCUGGCUGGACUCCAGGAGAGUGUAAUAAAGAUUUUGUAUGCAAACAACCUUUUGUAGAUUGAGUUUCAAAAUUUUCAUUUGUAAACUACUUUUGAUUUCAAGUCGCUGUGACUGAUGUCCUGAGUGAUUGGCUCGUAAUUUAUUUACCUCUUUACAGAACUCACAGUUGUAUAUCAACAAUGGAGGCAUUUGAGGUUAAUUGUAUUAAUAACUCAUGCUGCUAGUGUCAAAAGACCAUUCCAAUUGUUUUCAGGUUCAAUACAGGCAAUCAGUUUGUUGCUGCAUACAUGAUCAGCUUCCUGUACUCAGAUGAGCUGAAUGUUUUAAUGUUGUGUGUUCAAGCUUCUUUGUGUGUUGUGCAUUCAUUUACCGUGGAAGGUGACCACCCUGAGGGGAAGCUGUGUUAAUUCUAGUUUACACCCUGAGAUGGGUUCUUUCAGAAAGCUGCCACUUCUAUCGUUUUGAUUUUUGUUUUUAUCUUUCUAACACCUUUUAAGGAAUUUCAGGAAUGGUUUAUUAUUUUCCAUGCUAUCUGGAGAUUGAAUAAGAUCCCUGUUUGAAAGCUGGUAAGAGGUAGUUCAGUUAGCAGCAAUAGUAUUGCAAUGUUGAGACAAGGCCCAGGUAACAUUGUGUUAUAGCAAUUUCCUGAACGAAACUAACCUAACCUAUAGGAAGGAGACUGGUAAGUUAUUUACAUUUAUGUUUACAUGUACAGAGGGCUCCUUUCACCUGAUCUUGUGUACCUUCCACUCAUUGGAUGGAGGUUAGUAUUUACAGAGUGGAGAGCACCCUUCAUAGAUGUUCUAAAUGGGAAAAAUUAACAAUUCAGUAGGCUGCAAAACUAUUAUAAGUCCAGGUGAAGAGAAUAUUUGACAGUUAUGAACAACCUAGCAUUUGGUAGCACUAUGUCUUUCACAUUUGGGUGUGAAGACUAAGUUCAAGAUGCAUUGCACCUGAUCCUGAUCCACCCUUUAUAUAUCAGAGGAGUGUUGCAAGGUUGAAGGUGAUGUUACAGGUGCAGUGUUUAAACCCAAGUCUUGUACGUAUUUCCAGGUGAGGUGUAAAGAGCAGUAGGCUUGCUUUUCCAUAUGCAAAGUACCUUCCUCGAUCAACAACGGCUCAAAGAGUCAUUCAUUUUGUUGUUAAUUGUCUGACCUGUUUCCUAAGGAACAGCAGUAACCAGUCAAUAGUAAUUCGUGGUGCAUUGCUUCAGCUCUUACUGAGAGGUCUGAUCAAAUAUUCUGUAAUUAUAAUUUCAAAGUCCCUAAUUUUCUGUGAUAAUGGGUUUGUGCUGGACUCGCAAAAUAAAUGCUUGCCGUGUACUGCAGUCAACCUGAUAGGAUUAGACUGCAGCGAGAAGAGAAUGCAACAUCCUCUACAAUUACUGUGGACGCAGGACCAGCAUUAAAAAAAUCACAAUGCCACCUGAUACAUUCUCCCAGUCCGGUCACAGUUACCUUGCUGAAGGUAACUUUUCUCUUCGUGACGCCAUUCAUUCAGCUCACUGGCAGUGGUGCGAUUGACUGCUUGGAAGUUACACAGUUCCUUUCAUACCUGUUCCAGUUAAAUACUGCAGUCAGAGAAAGUUAAUGUGUGUUGUGACAGGAAUUUUAUAGAGAUGAUAAGGUUCAAUUGGAAAUAGAUGAUCUUAUAGACAUUUAAUCAUGGUUAUCACAUGCCAUUGUAUUCUAGUUUACCGUCUAACUUUAAGUAAUAAAGAUUUGUUCCUCAUUAUUUUCUAGAUAUACAUCAACAAAAUUAAAAAUUAACAAAUGUAACAAUAUAGUAAAAGAGAUACAAUCCAUCAUGCCUAUCUUGCCAGUCAAUACAAUUGUGCAGAAUCAUUUAACUUCAAUUCCACUGUCCCUUCAUUGUUCAUUAGCAUAGUGCUCAAAAAUCAAUGUAUUCUCAGUCUUGGAUACCUUCAUUAAGCUUAAUGGAGGAAUAUUCACCUAUUUAACUAUU